AUGUCUAAAGUGAGUUGCUUAUUUUUUAUAAUACAUUGCUGGUCAUAUAGUGUACAAUCAACACCUCAAUUCGAACCCUGCUCCCACUUGUCACAUACGUCCCAUUCAACCUGGUGGUAA